AUGUCCUCGACAGAUUCACUUACAGCCUCCCGUCCUUCCUUCUUCCGCUCGCGCCAAGAUUCUCAACGCUCCUCUACAUCCUCUAUUGCCCACUCCGACCUCUCUGGCGAUGCCCCCAGCGAGGCAACACUCAGUGCCGACUAUGCCUUACAAUCCGGCGGUGCAGUGUCUUCCAGCAGCGCAAUCCGCCCAACCGAUCUGUCUCGCCAUCCCAGCAUGGGCAGUGUAGUGUCUGGGAUCUCCAGCGUCAGCGGAUACAGCGAUUCGCCUGGUCCUGGAGGGUUCCACCGCAACAUCAGCGGCCUAAGCGCACUUUCUGAACUAUCUAGUGCACGUGAUGGCGUCCUUGAGCCGCUGGACGAAGAGCGGGAGACAUCUAGGUCGCCGUCUGCCACACCCCCUUUGACACCACGACCUGGCACUGCGGUGAAUGAUGGUGCCGGGAUCACAGACACGGUCAUUGCGCAACAUGUCAGCAACAUCACGGUCCCUGAAACAGUGGCCCGCGAAUUCCGUGAGCGGCAUGCACGAGAAGACCCACCGCGUCCUGGGACCUCUGGCAAGAUGAGCACGACUAGCGGAGGUACGGGGCUUCGACACACUCUAACCCUCAAGGAGCAGAACUCCAAGAUCGACAAGUUGUCCAAAGAGAACUUCGACCUGAAGUUGAAAAUCCAUUUUCUCGAUCAAGCGCUCCAGCGACGAAGCGACGAAGGCGUGCGGGAGCUGGUGCAGGAAAAUGUCAAGCUGCAUACCGACCUUACGAACGAGAAGAAGGAGAGUCUGGCGCAGCGGAAACGGGCGAGAGAAGCUGAGCGACGCGCGAGGAACCUGGAGGAUGAGGUUAGAGAGUUAAAGGCGGCGGUGAAGGCAGCGAAUCAAGGAAAGGAGGACCGGAAGGCCGAGGAAAGUACCGAGACGGCCAUUCUGGAGGACGAGAUCACGUACCUCAGAGAAUGUUUGGAGCAUUCGGAGAUCACGACAGAGAAGUUGAGGGAAGAUGUUAUGGCGAAGGAAGUGGAGAAGAGGAGGAUGGCGGACUAUAUCAAGAACGUACAAGCUGCGGAUGCUGCUGGAAGAGAGCGCGACGGCAAGGGGGUGGAAGAAGCCAUGGAGAUGUGGAAAGACCUUCUGGAAGCCGAGACCGCCCGCCGCGAACAAGCAGAUGAGGACACCCAGAAGCUCCGCGACGAACUGCGCCGUUUGAGGGCCGACACCCAAAACACGACCAACAACCACAACGUUCGCACCACCUACAACAUCCGCAACCACAAGCACGUCUCCACCACUUCCAACCACCCCUCCGAACCGGUCGACGGCGAAACCCUCGUACCCAACGGCCAAGACUUUAAUGGCUCCGUCGCCACCUCAUCGACUCUCGUCGAGAAACUCCAGCACGAAAACGCCGAACUGCGCCGUGACCUCGGCGCCCAAACCUCCAUGCUCACCUCGCGCAACCGCGAACGCGAACGCCUGCAAGCCGAGAUUGAAGAUCUCAAGCUCGCCGCCCGUCGCGUGACCGACGGGUCCGCCAUCCACGGCGGCCGCAGCGUGGCCGGCGACAGCAUCUUCGAGCGAUCCGUGUCUCGCGCCGGCAACGCGAUGCACGGGGCCGGGCACGAGCGAUCCGGCGCGGGGAUGCCACGAUCCGCGAGCCGAGCCAGCGGCGCGACGCGGCUGACGGAGGUGAGCGAUAACGAGCGGGAGCGCGAGGAGUGGGAGCGGAAGCUGUCGCACGCGCGCGACGACGCGGCGAAGACGAAGAUGCUGAACCAGGAGCUGGAGAGGGAGCUCAAUGCGCAUCUGGACUUCCUGUCGCAGGCGGAGCGGGACAACGCGGCGCUGCUGCAGGAGAAGGAGGAGUUGAGUGAGGAUGUGCAGGCGCUGUCGGUGGAGCGGGAUGAGUUGCUGACGGCGUUAGAGGCAAAAGAGGGGGAGUGCGAGGCGUUGCGGGACGAGGCGGUGCAGACGAUCGAUCGUCUGGAGGAGGAUCUCGAUCACAAGGAGCAGGAGGCACAGAGGGUGUUGCAGGAGCUGGAGGGCAGGAACGAAGAUUUUGCCGGGCUCGAGCGCGAGAUGAAGAAUGUUACCGAGUCGCUCAUUCAGCUAGAGGACGAUCGAGCAGCCGCGCGAAGGAGGAUCCAGAGCCUUGAGGCAGAGGUCGAAGAGGCGAAUCGCGAGCUAGAGACGCUCGAUAAACGACUACGGGAGGUCAAUGGAAAGAAUGAGCGGCUGGAAGUCCAGAUUGAGUCGAAUCAAGGCGAGAUCAGCUUCCUUCGGGAAGAGCAAGAGGGUGACAAGAUCAAGAUUGGCGAGUUGGAGGCUGCCAUUACUGCUGCGCACGCAAACAUCGUGGAAGAGAAAGACCGCUUCCGAGAGCUUGAAGAGCGCCUGCGCGAAGAGAGAAAGCAAAGGGAGAUCCUUGAUAGCCAGGAGAAACAGGAGGUGCAGAAGGUCUUAAGCGACUUGAAUUCCCAACUUGCGAAGAGCAAGGAGGAAGUGAGGAAGCUUAGAAAGAGCCUCAGUACCAAGGAAGUUGAGGCCAGCACCUGGAAGGAAAAGCUGGAGGAGCUAGAGCGCAAUUUACGAGAAGCUCUAGGCGACUUGGACGGUACCAGGACGAGUUUGCUUCAGGACGUACACAACCUUCAAAUCGAUCUCGAAACGGCCGUCGCCGAGCUAGACAAAGCUCGCAGCGAUCUCGCAGAAAAAGAACGGCUUCUUCGCAACCGAGAUGUGCUCCUCGAAAGCACUGGGUUGGAAGGCAGAAGGCUGGCUGAUCUACUGGAGAAGGAGAGGCAGGCGAGAAGACAGGAUCGCCAGCACUUCGAACAAGUCCAGAGAAGUCAGGCGACUAUGUCUCGUACCAUGCAUGCCCACGAGACGCGGAUGCUGGAGUUGGAGACUACCCGCAGCCAAGAUAAGAAGCGGAUCAACACUCUGGAGAAGCAGCUUCACGAUCAGCUCCUCGACCGGAACAACUUGUUGCUCGCUUUAUGGAACCGCCUCUCCACCCUCUGUGGGACAGACUGGGCACAGAAAUACAGCCUCAUCGACGGGCAAGCCCUACCUUCUGUCGAGCAGAUCAACCGGAACCUCCCGGGGUUCAACAAAAAUAUCAUCCUCGCGGUCAAGACCGUCGAAGGCAUCGUCGGCGGCUUCCGCCAACGCAUCCGCACCAUCGAGAAAGACCUCUGGCGCGACUACCAAACCCUCGAACACACCCUCGAUGUCCGCGUCAAGCGACUCGACCAACUCGAACGGACUAUCCAAGUCCAAACCGCCACCACGCGCCAGACUCGCACCGGGUCCCGAGGCAGCACGCAAAGCGAGCACGCCGAGAUCUUCAAGCUCAAAGGCGAGAACAAGCAGCUGCGCGCGGACCUGCAGUUCCAAAAAGAGCAGGCGCAGCAGCACAACUCCUACGCGCCACGGUCGCCGCCGUCGCGCGACACGUCCCGCGCCAGCAUGGCGAACACGCUCCUCCGCGCACAUUCUGCCAACGCCGCGGACGCGCUGUCAUUCGACCCGACCAGCACAGUACCGGGCCAUUCGCGGCAGGGGUCCGGGGGGCAGGCGUACUCAGUCAACUCGGCGUUGCAGCCGUCGGAGCAGCGGUGGAUUCAUCGGUUGAAGGAGCUGGAGCGGCGGCUGAAGGGGGAGCGGGAGGCGCGGUUGUUGGAUCGGAGUGGGGCGCGGAAGCGGUUGGAGGAGGGAAAGGCGGAGAAUGAGGAGUUGCGGAGCAUGUUGGAGCGGGAGCGGGAGCGGAGGCAGUUUUUGGGGGAGGAGGAAGAGUUGGUGGAGGCAGAGUCUUGA